AUGACUAAGUUGAGAAAAAGGGAAGUGCUAGUUGUGUGGACAUCGGAGUGUGGAAAGAGUUUCCAAACUUUGAAGGAGAAGUUAACUCCAGCACCUGUUAUAAUCUUGCCGGAACCGCAUGAACCGUUCGAAGUAUACCGUGAUGCUUCUUUGAAGGGUUUAAGUUGCGUGUUGAUGCAACACCGGAAUGUGGUGGCUUACGCAUCGCGUCAGCUGAGACCGAAUGAAGUAAACUAUCCAACUCAUGACUUGGAAUUAGCGGCGAUUGUGUUUGCACUAAAGAUUUGGAAGCACCAUCGGUAUGGAGUGAGGUUUAGCGUCUAUUUCUGA